CUAUUGUUCUGAUGUAAAAUGCUCGACAAGUGAAUGCUAACAAUAGCCACGCCCACUUCAUGAUCUACAUCCUCUCAUUGGCUUUUCCACUCAUUGUUCAGUGAAAUUCUCCUGAUAUCGACAUGCAUGAGGAUUCAUGUCAUGACAUUCCACAGCUUCGCACCGCUGGAAAAAUAUUCCUGAAAGUUUUCUUUCUUUUGAGGAAUGCACAUUCAGCCUCAACAAAGCAUGAUAAACCCAUCACAGCCAAUCACUGAUCAGAUUUUCAUUCAUUUCCCUGCCGUCUCAUUCAGCUAAUGCUGUGACGUGGCCACUAAUCUACAGAAGCUUAUCGGCUGAUGGACCCUUUUGGGGCGUCCUUGUCUUUUGCCUGUGAAAGUCCCUCAUUACAUAUGCUGCUAACAUGCUUAGAACACGUGUAGAAAACUCACAGAUCCUCACAUGUCUGUGAUCCACUAAUGAACACUUGAGCGUCCGGCGCCGUUAGCUGCCUCAUGUUCUUCUAGCUUUAAAAGUCAACUUGUGUCCGUGCACCGUCAUGCAAACGUGUAAAGUGACUAUGAAUUACGUAUCGUAUGACCACUGAUGUAUUUAAAUCUGUAAAGGGGAGAAGCUGUCAAAAGUGAGUAUACAUCUGACACCGCUAACUAAAACAACAUGUACUGUAUGUGAGCGUCCUGUGUCCCGUCCGUGUCCAAAGCUAAUCUGUCCACUGUUGUUUCUCUGACUGACGUUUGUGAUGUCAUGCUCAACGUUUCAUGUCUGGUCCAAUCGGCUUUAAGAGUGGGCGAGCUAAAAGCAGAACCAUCAUCCCAUUCUUAAAGUCCAUGCUGUUUGUUUUGAAACGUCUGGUUGAGGAACUCUCAUUCACUGAGCAUUUUACACAAAUCACAACGCAACGAUAAAAAAAAACAUUUGCUCUUGUGAAGGUUUUGUCGUUCAGCACACUAUAAGACAGAAGUUUGUCAAUCUCAACAGCCAAUGAAAUGUGAGUGUGAUGUGAGAGGGUGAGAAGCUCUGCCUCCUUUGACAGGUUUCAAUAAUCUCUUGAGAUGUUAAAAGAUUAGAAACGGAUGGGACUGCAGUCAGAUGAUGUGAUGGAGCACAGAUUCUUUCUUUUGUUAAGUCAUUUAUAAUCAGUGUUCAGGUCAUCAUGUUAUUAGUGAUGUAACAUAAAGACAUUUUAUAUGUUUAGAGUUACUUUCAGUUUCAUUCAUGUCUUUUUUCUAAAGUGCUGAAUUAAAAUUCUUAAUGAAUGCGUGUGAACAGAUGCUGAAGAGAUGACAGACCAGAACUUUAUAUUUCUUCAAUAAAAAUCAUCUCACUUCUGUCUUAUAGCGUGCGUGCGUGCGUGGUGUGUGUGUGUGUGUGUGUGUGUGCGUGUGUGCGUGCGUACGUGCGUGGUGUGUGCAUGCGUGCGUGUGUGUGUGCGUGUGUGGUGUGUGUGUAUGUGCGCGUGUGUGUGUGUGCGUGCGUGCGUGUGUUUCACGAACACUUGAGGACACUUUAUUUUCAUUAACAGAUACAUUAAACAGGUUUGGCUGUUCCUUUAGCAGGUCUUUUCAACAGGUUUUCAACAGAUAUUCAGCAGGAUUUCAGCAAGUCUUUAGGUCCUCAGCAGGUCUUAAAGGCUUCAGCAAGUCUUUAAAGCUUCAGCAGGUCUUAAAGGCUUCAGCAGUUGUUUGGCUUGUCUUCAGCAAGUAUUUAGGUCUUCAGCAGGUCUUCAUCAAGUGUUUAGGUCUUCAGCAGGUCUUUAAAGCUUUAGCAGGUCUUUGGCUUGUGUUCAGCAAGUCUUUAUGUCCUCAGCAGGUCUUAAAGGCUUCAGCAAGUAUUUAGGUCUUCAGCGGGUCUUAAAGGCUACAGCAGAUGUUUGGCUUGUCUUCAGCAAGUGUUUAAAUCUUCAGCAGGUCUUUAAGGCUUCAGCAGGUGUUUGGCUUGUCUUCAGCAAGUAUUUAGGUCUUCAGCAGGUCUUUAAGGCUUCAGCAGGUGUUUGGCUUGUCUUCAGCAAGUAUUUAGGUCUUCAGCAGGUCUUUAAGGCUUCAGCAGGUGUUUGGCUUGUCUUCAGCAAGUAUUUAGGUCUUCAGCAGGUCUUUAAGGCUUCAGCAGGUGUUUGGCUUGUCUUCAGCAAGUAUUUAGGUCUUCAGCAGGUCUUUAAGGCUUCAGCAGGUGUUUGGCUUGUCUUCAGCAAGUAUUUAGGUCUUCAGCAGGUCUUUAAGGCUUCAGCAGGUGUUUGGCUUGUCUUCAGCAAGUAUUUAGGUCUUCAGCAGGUCUUUAAGGCUUCAGCAGGUGUUUGGCUUGUCUUCAGCAAUUAUUUAGGUCUUCAGCAGGUCUUUAAGGCUUCAGCAGGUGUUUGGCUUGUCUUCAGCGAGUAUUUAGGUCUUCAGCAGGUGUUUGGCUUGUCUGCAGCAAGUAUUUAGGUCCUCAGCAGGUCUUUGGCUUGUCGUCAGCAAGUAUUUAGGUCUUCAGCAAGUUUUUAAGGAUUCAGCAGGUCUUAAAUGCUUCAGCAGGUCUUAAAUGCUUCAGCAGGUGUUUGGAUUGUCUUCAGCAAGUAUUUAUGUCUUCAGCAAGUCUUUAGGUCUUCAGCUAGUUUUUAAGGAUUCAGCAGGUCUUAAAUGCUUCAGCAGGUCUUAAAGGCUGCAGCAGUUGUUUGGCUUGUCUUCAGCAAGUAUUUAGGUCUUCAGCAGGUCUUCAGCAAGUGUUUAGGUCUUCAGCAGGUCUUUAAAGCUAUAGCAGGUCUUUGGCUUGUGUUCAGCAAGUCUUUGUCCUCAGCAGGUCUUAAAGGCUUCAGCAAGUAUUUAGGUCUUCAGCGGGUCUUAAAGGCUACAGCAGAUGUUUGGCUUGUCUUCAGCAAGUGUUUAAAUCUUCAGCAGGUCUUUAAGGCUUCAGCAGGUGUUUGGCUUGUCUUCAGCAAGUGUUUAAAUCUUCAGCAGGUCUUUAAGUCUUCAGCAGGUGUUUGGCUUGUCUUCAGCAAGUGUUUAAAUCUUCAGCAGGUCUUUAAGGCUUCAGCAGGUGUUUGGCUUGUCUUCAGCAAGUAUUUAGGUCUUCAGCAGGUCUUUAAGGCUUCAGCAGGUGUUUGGCUUGUCUUCAGCAAGUAUUUAGGUCUUCAGCAGGUCUUUAAGGCUUCAGCAGGUGUUUGGCUUGUCUUCAGCAAGUAUUUAGGUCUUCAGCAGGUCUUUAAGGCUUCAGCAGGUGUUUGGCUUGUCUUCAGCAAGUGUUUAGAUCUUCAGCAGGUCUUUAAGGCUUCAGCAGGUGUUUGGCUUGUCUUCAGCAAGUAUUUAGGUCUUCAGCAGGUCUUUAAGGCUUCAGCAGGUGUUUGGCUUGUCUUCAGCAAGUAUUUAGGUCUUCAGCAGGUCUUUAAGGCUUCAGCAGGUGUUUGGCUUGUCUUCAGCAAGUAUUUAGGUCUUCAGCAGGUCUUUAAGGCUUCAGCAGGUGUUUGGCUUGUCUUCAGCAAGUAUUUAGGUCUUCAGCAGGUCUUUAAGGCUUCAGCAGGUGUUUGGCUUGUCUUCAGCAAGUAUUUAGGUCUUCAGCAGGUCUUUAAGGCUUCAGCAGGUGUUUGGCUUGUCUUCAGCAAGUAUUUAGGUCUUCAGCAGGUCUUUAAGGCUUCAGCAGGUGUUUGGCUUGUCUUCAGCAAGUAUUUAGGUCUUCAGCAGGUCUUUAAGGCUUCAGCAGGUGUUUGGCUUGUCUUCAGCAAGUGUUUAGAUCUUCAGCAGGUCUUUAAGGCUUCAGCAGGUGUUUGGCUUGUCUUCAGCAAGUAUUUAGGUCUUCAGCAGGUCUUUAAGGCUUCAGCAGGUGUUUGGCUUGUCUUCAGCAAGUAUUUAGGUCUUCAGCAGGUCUUUAAGGCUUCAGCAGGUGUUUGGCUUGUCUUCAGCAAGUAUUUAGGUCUUCAGCAGGUCUUUAAGGCUUCAGCAGGUGUUUGGCUUGUCUUCAGCAAGUAUUUAGGUCUUCAGCAGGUCUUUAAGGCUUCAGCAGGUGUUUGGCUUGUCUUCAGCAAGUAUUUAGGUCUUCAGCAGGUCUUUAAGGCUUCAGCAGGUGUUUGGCUUGUCUUCAGCAAGUAUUUAGGUCUUCAGCAGGUCUUUAAGGCUUCAGCAGGUGUUUGGCUUGUCUUCAGCAAGUAUUUAGGUCUUCAGCAGGUCUUUAAGGCUUCAGCAGGUGUUUGGCUUGUCUUCAGCAAGUGUUUAGAUCUUCAGCAGGUCUUUAAGGCUUCAGCAGGUGUUUGGCUUGUCUUCAGCAAGUAUUUAGGUCUUCAGCAGGUCUUUAAGGCUUCAGCAGGUGUUUGGCUUGUCUUCAGCAAGUAUUUAGGUCUUCAGCAGGUCUUUAAGGCUUCAGCAGGUGUUUGGCUUGUCUUCAGCAAGUAUUUAGGUCUUCAGCAGGUCUUUAAGGCUUCAGCAGGUGUUUGGCUUGUCUUCAGCAAGUAUUUAGGUCUUCAGCAGGUCUUUAAGGCUUCAGCAGGUGUUUGGCUUGUCUUCAGCAAGUAUUUAGGUCUUCAGCAGGUCUUUAAGGCUUCAGCAGGUGUUUGGCUUGUCUUCAGCAAGUAUUUAGGUCUUCAGCAGGUCUUUAAGGCUUCAGCAGGUGUUUGGCUUGUCUUCAGCAAGUAUUUAGGUCUUCAGCAGGUCUUUAAGGCUUCAGCAGGUGUUUGGCUUGUCUUCAGCAAGUGUUUAGAUCUUCAGCAGGUCUUUAAGGCUUCAGCAGGUGUUUGGCUUGUCUUCAGCAAGUAUUUAGGUCUUCAGCAGGUCUUUAAGGCUUCAGCAGGUGUUUGGCUUGUCUUCAGCAAGUAUUUAGGUCUUCAGCAGGUCUUUAAGGCUUCAGCAGGUGUUUGGCUUGUCUUCAGCAAGUAUUUAGGUCUUCAGCAGGUCUUUAAGGCUUCAGCAGGUGUUUGGCUUGUCUUCAGCAAGUAUUUAGGUCUUCAGCAGGUCUUUAAGGCUUCAGCAGGUGUUUGGCUUGUCUUCAGCAAGUAUUUAGGUCUUCAGCAGGUCUUUAAGGCUUCAGCAGGUGUUUGGCUUGUCUUCAGCAAGUAUUUAGGUCUUCAGCAGGUCUUUAAGGCUUCAGCAGGUGUUUGGCUUGUCUUCAGCAAGUAUUUAGGUCUUCAGCAGGUCUUUAAGGCUUCAGCAGGUGUUUGGCUUGUCUUCAGCAAGUAUUUAGGUCUUCAGCAGGUCUUUAAGGCUUCAGCAGGUGUUUGGCUUGUCUUCAGCAAGUAUUUAGGUCUUCAGCAGGUCUUUAAGGCUUCAGCAGGUGUUUGGCUUGUCUUCAGCAAGUAUUUAGGUCUUCAGCAGGUCUUUAAGGCUUCAGCAGGUGUUUGGCUUGUCUUCAGCAAGUAUUUAGGUCUUCAGCAGGUCUUUAAGGCUUCAGCAGGUGUUUGGCUUGUCUUCAGCAAGUGUUUAGAUCUUCAGCAGGUCUUUAAGGCUUCAGCAGGUGUUUGGCUUGUCUUCAGCAAGUAUUUAGGUCUUCAGCAGGUCUUUAAGGCUUCAGCAGGUGUUUGGCUUGUCUUCAGCAAGUGUUUAGGUCUUCAGCAGGUCUUUAAGGCUUCAGCAGGUGUUUGGCUUGUCUUCAGCAAGUAUUUAGGUCUUCAGCAGGUCUUUAAGGCUUCAGCAGGUGUUUGGCUUGUCUUCAGCAAGUAUUUAGGUCUUAAGCAGGUCUUUAAGGCUUCAGCAGGUGUUUUUCUUGUCUUCAGCGAGUAUUUAGGUCUUCAGCAGGUCUUAAAGGCUUCAGCAGUUGUUUGGCUUGUCUUCAGCAAGUAUGUAGGUCUUCAGCAGGUCUUCAGCAAGUGUUUAGGUCUUCAGCUAGUUUUUAAGGAUUCAGCAGGUCUUAAAUGCUUCAGCAGGUCUUAAAGGCUUCAGCAGUUGUUUGGCUUGUCUUCAGCAAGUAUUUAGGUCUUCAGCAAGUCUUUAGGUCUUCAGCAAGUUUUUAAGGAUUCAGCAGGUCUUAAAUGCUUCAGCAGGUCUUAAAGGCUUCAGCAGGUGUUUGGCUUGUCUUCAGCAAGUAUUUAGGUCUUCAGCAAGUCUUUGGGUCUUCAGCUAGUUUUUAAGGAUUCAGCAGUUCUUAAAUGCUUCAGCAGGUCUUAAAGGCUUCAGCAGGUGUUUGGCUUGUCUUCAGCAAGUAUUUAGGUCUUCAGCAAGUCUUUAGGUCUUCAGAAAGUCUUUAGGUCUUCAGCAAGUAUUUAGGUCUUCAGCAAGUCUUUAAGUCUUCAGCAAGUCUUUAAGGAUUCAGAAGGUGUUUGGCUUGUCUUCAGCAAGUGUUUAGGUCUUCAGCAAGUCUUUAGGUCUUCAGCAAGUUUUUAAGGAUUCAGCGGGUCUUAAAUGCUUCAGCAGGUCUUAAAGGCUUCAGCAGGUGUUUGGCUUGUCUUCAGCAAGUAUUUAGGUCUUCAGCAGGUCUUAAAGGCUUCAGCUGGUCUUAAAUGCUUCAGCAGGUCUUAAAGGCUUCAGAAGGUGUUUGGCUUGUCUUCAGCAAGUGUUUAGGUCUUCAGCAAGUCUUUAGGUCUUCAGCAAGUUUUUAAGGAUUCAGCAGGUCUUAAAUUCUUCAGCAGGUCUUAAAGGCUUCAGCAGGUGUUUGGCUUGUCUUCAGCAAGUAUUUAGGUCUUCAGCAAGUCUUUGGGUCUUCAGCUAGUUUUUAAGGAUUCAGCAGUUCUUAAAUGCUUCAGCAGGUCUUAAAGGCUUCAGCAGGUGUUUGGCUUGUCUUCAGCAAGUAUUUAGGUCUUCAGCAAGUCUUUAGGUCUUCAGAAAGUCUUUAGGUCUUCAGCAAGUAUUUAGGUCUUCAGCAAGUCUUUAAGGAUUCAGAAGGUGUUUGGCUUGUCUUCAGCAAGUGUUUAGGUCUUCAGCAAGUCUUUAGGUCUUCAGCAAGUUUUUAAGGAUUCAGCGGGUCUUAAAUGCUUCAGCAGGUCUUAAAGGCUUCAGCAGGUGUUUGGCUUGUCUUCAGCAAGUAUUUAGGUCUUCAGCAGGUCUUUAGGUCUUCAGCAGGUCUUAAAGGCUUCAGCAGGUCUUAAAGGCUUCAGCAGGUCUUCAGCAAGUGUUUAGGUCUUCAGCAUGUCUUUAAAGCUUCAGCGAGUCUUUAAGGAUCCAGCUGGUCUUAAAGGCUUCAGCAGGUGUUUGGCUUGUCUUCAGCAAGUAUUUAGGUCUUCAGCAAGUCUUUAAGGAUUCAGCAGGUCUUGGACUCUUCUUUGGCUGGUCUUCAGCAAGUCUUGAGCUGGUCUUUACCAAGUAUUUAGGCCUUCAGCAGGUCUUAAACAGAUCUUCAGCAGGUCUAUAGGGCUAUCAGUUCUUUGACAGGUCUUCAGGUCUUUUGCAGGCCUUUGGCUAGUCUCUGUGCUUCGGGAGGUCUUAAGGGUUUCAGAAUGUCUUCAGUGGGUCUUCAGCAGGUCUUUAGUUUUUUUUUUUAGCAAAGCUCCUCAGCAGACUGGUGCAACAGAGAUAGAAGCAAUUCUUGAAAUUUGGUUUUAUGUUUUUGUAAUAAUAUUUCAUGUUUUUCGUGCUGUGCAGUUUUGAGAUGUCCGACUCUGAAGCUUAACCAGACUGUUUCUGUGUGUUGUGUUCUUUCUGUUUGACUUGAUCAGGUUGUGUAAACAAACAAUACAUGUGUCAUAAUGUGUCUGCGUCAGAGUGUGUUUGUGUGAGCAUGAAUCUCCGUCGUCACCUGUGAGCAAAAUAAACCUGCGUAACAUAUCUUGUCUCUCGCACCUGUAGGUGAUCG